AAAUAUGUUGUAUUCAUUUUUUUUUCUUUUGCAAUCUUGUUUUGGUUGACUGCUAAAUGUAAAGUAAAUGUUUUCUCAUUAAUUGCAAAGUUUCCGUUCGAAGAGCGUUUUUCAUCAGCGAUUCCACGUGCAUCUAACUACUGCGUAGUUAUAAUGAAUAAGGACAGAAAACUGAUGACUGAGAAGAUCCUGAGUCUAACCCUGGAUAUCCUCUAUCUGCUGACUGGAAAGGAUUAUAUCAUUGUGAAGAAGCCUGGUAACGGUGUCACAAACUGCAAUGGCCCUUUUGUGUCAGGAGGAUCCUAUCGGACCCACAGCGCCAGCAUGGUGCCUCCAUCUCACUUACUGAUACACGAGAGAAACAAUGACCAGAAGAUCCUGGAACUGACCAAUCAGAUCAUCCAGCUGCUGACUGGAGAGGUUCCUAUAAGGUGUGAGGAUGUCACUGUCCAUCUCUCCAUGAAGGAGUGGGAGUAUUUGGAAGACCACGAGGAUUUUCACCAGGCUAUGACAAUGAAGAACCGCCAACCCACCCUCUCAUUAGAUGAAUCAAUUUCCAGACGUACAUUUCCAGUGUCACCUGAUGCUUUAAAUGAAGAUAAACCUAGCACUAAAAAUGAUCCAGGAUGUCUCGCCAUCACUGACCGUUGUACAGCCAAAAAAUGUACACCCUUCGUAUAUACUGAUCAUAAUAAAGAGGACUCUGCCUCAUGUCAAGAAGAAAUUCUCCCAAACUCUUACACAGCCAGAGAACGUAAGCAGACGGAAUCUUCUUCUACUCACAUUAAGGAUGAAUUGACCUCCCGUAAAGACCGUAAACUCACUGACAAUUUUCCAGCCUCAAAAUAUUCAUCUGCCAAUUCCAAGGAAGAAUCUUUAUUAAUUGUAGAAAAUAAUCUGACAGAUAUUGACAGGCAUGUACCCAGACCAACAGAAUAUACAUCUGAUCUUCUUAAAGAAUCUGCUUUGUGUGAAGAAAACAAUCUAUUGUAUACUCCCACGGAACGUUUGAAAACAGAGCAUUUGUCUGUUUGUGUUAAAGAAGAGUCAACACCAUGGAAAGACAGACCAUUCGCAGACCCUGACAUUCACUUACCCAUGAAACCCACACAGACGGACUAUCCCUCUACUCAUAUUAAAGAGGAAUCAGACUCUUGGGAAGAAGUGAUUGUCACAGACACUGACCUUUAUGAAUCCACAGAUCAUGCAGAUACGGAGGACACAAUGUAUAACAAAGAAGGUGUGGAAAAUAAUGACAACACGUCAACACCAGUUAUGAGCUUUAGAGUAAUGAAAUUCAGUGAGUGUGGAGAAAUUGUUAAUAACCAGUUUCAUACCCACACUGUAGAGGGGAUGUAUAACUGCUCAGAAUGUCAGAAAUGUUUUCCUAAUAACUUUGAUCUUUUUAAACAUCAGACGGCUCACAAAGAAAAAAUGUUGGCUUGUCCAGAAUGCGGGAGAAACUUCUCUUGUAAGGCACGUCUGAUCAGACAUUACAGGAGCCACACAGGAACAAAGUUAUUUUCAUGUUCAGCCUGUGGGAAAUGGCUUACUGAUAAAUCAAGUCUAAUUACCCAUCAGAGGAGUCAUAUGGGAGAUAAGCCCUUCUCCUGCUCUGUCUGCGCGAAAUCUUUUACUACUCAAUCAGAUCUUGUUAGACAUAAGAGAACUCACACCGGAGAGAAGCCAUUCUCAUGCACAGAGUGUGGAAAACGUUUUACGCAAAGUUCUCAUCUUCUUCGGCAUCAGAGGCUUCACACAGGAGAGAAGAUCUUUACGUGUUUUGAAUGUGGAACAUCAUUCCCUAGUAAAAUAAGUCUUGCUGCCCAUCAUAAGAUUCACACAAGAGAACAUCAGUUCCCUUGUUCUGUGUGUGGGAAAUGUUUUAAUACUCAAACAGAGCUUAGCAGGCAUCAAAGGAUUCACACAGGGGAAAAACCAUUUGCUUGUUUUGUAUGUGGGAGAUGCUUUACCCAAAGUGCACAUCUUAGCAAGCAUCUCAAAAGCCAUACGGGAGAGAAACCAUUCUCAUGUUCCGUGUGUGGGAAACGGUAUUGUGCACAGGCAGAUCUUGUAAAACAUCAGAGGAUUCACACCUGAUGGAGGAGAUCUUUGUUUUAUUUAUUUUAUUUUGUUAAUUAUUGCCAGAUAAGUUAUAUUACGUUUUGAUGGGACUCUGUCAUGUAUAAGAAAACAGUGUCCAGAGUUUAUCUGCUAAGAGUUACUUUGUGGGUACAUUGAAAUAAUACCUUUGCAACAUGUUUGAACUCUUGAUUCACGGAAUGACCCAAGGCGAAAUGAUUCUUUGUCAGGUGCAAGGAAUUCACAGCUAGAUACAUCCAACGAUGAUUAGAAUUGAAGAAACAUUCUUUCUAAAUGUUGAUCAAUCUAGAUAUGUGAUAGUUGUUUCCUGUAACGAAUUGUACACCAGGAAGUAUUACCAGAUAUAAAAAGAUAUGGUUAUGUAAGGCACGACAAAGACUGUUUAAAUGUUUGUUACCAUUCUUUGUAUUCAGAAUAUUUAACUGUCCAGAAUUGAAUGUUUUCACUGACCGGUAGUGAAAAUGUUUCUGUGCUAAAUAAAACAAAAUUCUUUAAAA